GGGGCUGGGCGUGGCUGACAGGCCUCCUUGGCAGGUGGGACAGGAGGCCACCGCAGCAUCCCGAGCCGCGGCCCCAGGAGCGAUGACCGAGUACAAGCUGGUGGUGGUGGGGGCCGGAGGUGUGGGGAAGAGCGCCCUGACCAUCCAGCUCAUCCAGAACCACUUCGUGGACGAGUACGACCCCACCAUCGAGGACUCCUACCGGAAGCAAGUGGUCAUUGACGGGGAGACGUGUCUGCUGGACAUUCUGGACACGGCGGGCCAGGAGGAGUACAGUGCCAUGCGGGACCAGUACAUGCGCACCGGGGAGGGCUUCCUCUGUGUGUUCGCCAUCAACAACACCAAGUCCUUCGAGGACAUCCACCAGUACCGGCUAGCCAGGGCCCCGCCCCGCCCCCCCAGGGAGCCUUGCUCAUUGCCCCUCUCCCUCCACACAGGGCAGCCGCUCUGGCCCUGGCUCUGGCUCCAGCUCCGGGACCCCCAUGACCCAGCUGCCCCUCGCGCUGGCGUGGAGGACGCCUUCUACACGCUGGUGCGUGAGAUCCGGCAGCACAAGGUGCGCAAGCUGAGCCCGCCGGACGAGGGCGGCCCUGGCUGCAUGAGCUGCAAGUGCCUGCUCUCCUGACGCCCCUGCGGGUCCUGUGUGCCCGCCCCGCACAGGAGCCCCGGAGGUGCCGGAUGCCGGGAGGAGGGGAAGGAAGGAAGGAAGUGCCGCCAAAGCCCGGCCAGCCCAGGGCUGGGGGACAGAGUGACCGGGGACCUCCCAGGAUGCUUUGCACAGACUGGUGAACUGAGGCCUCCGGCCCCAGCCGCGCCUCUAUUUGCAGCCCGUCCCGGCCCACUGGGCGCAGGUUCUGUUGCAGUAAAUUAUUUGAUGGUCUUGA